AUGCGCGUCAAUUAUUUUACCGUUCGUAUGUUGAUGCUACUCGUUUGCUGGCAACAAGCAACCUGCCUGAAAAUAUCAAUUCAUGAAAGGGGUUUCAACUAUGCUGCCGAUGUCUUAAUCUCUAGGUAUUCGAAGACUUUGAUAGGAAAACCGUUAAUUGAUUUGGAAGAGGAAAAGGAGGGUUUGAGAUACAAAUUGACCAAUGUUAAAAUAACAAAUUUUAUGAAACCAACGUUCGACAUCAAUUUAAAAGAAGGCACUUCAACCAUUGCUGUGUAUUUGGGCAAUGGAAACUUUGAAAUUUCGACAAACUGGAAUUACCGUUACCGAAAAAAUCGGUUUAUUAGAUUUUCCGACAGUGGCUCAACUAUUGUAUCUAUCAUUAAUGCUGCUAUUUCAGUUGAUUUUGAUUUCCAGUUGGAUUUGAACACAAGAAAACCUAAAGUUGAUGUAGUCCGUUGCGACGCAAGUUUUGGUGAUAUAAAUUUCAAUUUCCGUGGAAUAAAAGGAUGGAUAUAUAGCUUGCUGACAAGAUUUUUAAGCUCUUCAAUUGAAAAUAGUUUGAAAAAGACUCUAUGUGACGUGGUUGUUACAACAGUUGACAAGGUCAACCAGAAUUUUGCAUCAUUGGAAACAGAUAUAUCCAUGGGAAACAAUCUGUUCGUAUAUUACAGUUUAACAACGGCACCAAUUAUUAGAUCAAGAGCGAUAGAAUUUAUGGGAGCAAGUUGUGUUUACGUUUCAGGAGAAAAACAAUGUCCACAAUAUAAGCAUCAGAUGCAAAAUGCGGAUCCAACGAACAAAAUGAUAUCCAUCUCGAUUUCUGAAGAAUCGAUAAAUUCUUACAUCAGUUCCUUGUUUCUUUCACAACAAUUGAAUUAUUAUGUUGCAAAAAAAAAUUUUGGUAAAGACUUGAAAAUUUUAGAUGUUGACUGCAAAAAAGGAUUAUGCGCUGCCGCCUUGUUUCCGAAUCUUCCAGAUGUAGAAGAGGGAUCGUUAGAAUUGGACUGCAGAGUAACUGAAAGUCCCAAGAUUCAUAUAUCUCCGUCUGCUGUGUGGUCUGAUAUCAUUUUGGAAGUGGUUACCAAGUUCAGAUUUGCAAACGAUACGUUAAUUGAUGUACUUAAAACACGCUUGGAACUUAAAUUAAAUGUGAAUAUUACAUUUAGUGAUAACGUUUUAAAGUUUUGGGCAGCGAACAUGAAGCCCAAUAUCAAAUUCAUGGACGAUCUAGAAGAAAAUGACAAAGAACGUGCUACUUUCGCUUUUAACCUUUUGUUUAAUCGUUUCAGGAGUAAUGUAAUAAACAAAAAAGGCAAUGAAGGAAUUCCCAUCCCCAAACUGAAUAAAAUAACUUUAGAAGAUAGUGUGAUCGUAUUGAAAGACCGGUUCGUAAUCAUACAAUCUGACGCAAAAUACGCAGAGCAGUUGUGA